AUGGCGGUCUCCGAUGGCGUCGUCAAGAAAGUGAUCCUCUCGUACACCUACGUAGCGAUAUGGAUCUUCCUCAGCUUCACUGUUAUCGUGUACAACAAGUACAUCUUGGAUAAGAAGAUGUACAAUUGGUCUUAUCCGAUCUCGUUAACCAUGAUUCACAUGGCGUUUUGUUCGUCACUGGCGUAUCUUCUUGUUCGCGUGUUUAAGCUGGUUGAACCGGUUUCGAUGUCACGCGAUCUGUAUCUGAAAUCGAUGCUGAAAGCGCUUAUGCCUGUUGCUGUUUAUUCGAUUGGAGUUUUGCUUAAGAAGGAGGGUUUUAAGAAUGAGACUAUGGCGAAUAUGAUUUCGAUUUCGCUCGGGGUUGCUGUUGCGGCUUACGGUGAAGCUAAGUUUGAUACUUGGGGUGUUACGUUGCAGCUUAUGGCUGUUGCUUUUGAGGCUACGCGUUUGGUUUUGAUUCAGAUUUUGCUUAAUUCUAAGGGGAUUUCGUUGAAUCCCAUUACGUCACUUUAUUACAUUGCUCCUUGUUGUUUGGUGUUUUUGUCUGUUCCUUGGUUGAUUGUUGAGUAUCCUUCUUUGAGGGAUAACUCGAGUUUUCAUUUGGAUUUCGCGAUUUUUGGGACCAAUUCGCUUUGUGCUUUUGCUUUGAAUCUUGCUGUGUUUUUGCUGGUUGGGAAGACUUCUGCUUUGACUAUGAAUGUUGCUGGGGUUGUUAAGGAUUGGCUGUUGAUUGCGUUUUCGUGGUCUGUGAUUAAGGAUACUGUUACUCCGGUUAAUUUGAUUGGUUAUGGGUUGGCGUUUUUGGGGGUUGCGUAUUAUAAUCAUUCCAAGUUGCAGGCGCUUAAGGCUUCGGAGACGCAGAAGAAGGCUCUUCAGAAUGAUGAAGAGGCUGGAAGGUUGUUGGAACAGAGAGACGGGGAAGGGACUGGAAGGAAGAUCGACAGCCAGAACUGA